AUGCCGAAAACAGACAAGGACGGACAAGACAAAGAAAGAAAAGUUCAGGACACUGGCCUUGUUGAAGAAUGGUUCCGAUCCAGUGUGUGCCCAUCUACUUUUAAUUGGUUUGCCAGAGCAGAAAUUCUAUCCCGUACUGAUGAAAGUGCAGUUGCGCCCACACCCCUUAACCCCCCCCCUGUAGAACAGGUCACUUACCUAACUGCCAUACCACCCGAAGAAGGCACAAGGGCUGGGAUAGUACAAGUCUGCCAAAUCCUAGACAAGAGUGCUUUCGAUUCCAUCGACCGGACAGUUCAUUUCAACAGGCCUGCAUCAAUGAUACGAUCGACCAGCCCCAGGAAAGCAACGGUCAGUGAAAUGAUAAGUGAACAAGAAGGCUCAUUAAUUCACUCGCAAAGACGCCAACUAGAAAGAUGGGCCGAAUACUUCGAAGGACAGUUCAGUUGGUCUCCUGCAACACAGACUGUGGAGAUAACGCACACGGGCGAACAGAAUGUAAACCUUGAUCGCUUGUCGGAAGAAAUCAAGUACGAAUUAUCGGUACUGAAACGUGAGGAGGUACCACGACCGGAAGAUCUGUAUUCAGCCCUCUCCAAUGAAAGUAGAAUCCCUGGCGACUUAUCUACCAUAGCUCAUUAUUGCGAUAUGGAGUGA